UGCCUCACAUUGGGAUUACAGCCAUUCACCCCAUGCCCGGCUGGAAAAGGGAAUUUUGAAUAUGAAAUCUUGUUGUUUGGGAGGACCUCCAUAGCCUAACUGAGCUGUAGGUUCAGAGUAGCACCAGAGGUGAGUCACGGGAUGGCAAUGAGGUCAUAAAAUGAGGCUAAGGUUCAGUCAUUAACAGUAACACGAGAAGGCAAAACUGAAAAGGAGAGGAAAGGGUGGCAGGUGUACAGUAUCAGGCAUUAGGGUGUGUGGGAAUGGGCAGGUAUUUGGUGCCAGGCCCCACUUCAAAAGAAGCCGCAGGAACUGUUGGGGAGAUAAGUUGCUUAGUAAGCGAGGAUCUGAAAGCCCUCAAUCACCUCCUACUACCAAAAGGUAAGGGGCUAGGCCACUUCCUCACAAGGUCAACUGCUCCUGCACUUUCCCUUCAUCUUAUUUCACUCUCGAGAGCUCUUUUUAGACUACACAGUCAAGACAGACCGAGAGCUUGCUCAGCCUCCAGAAGGCCACCACCCUAAGAACCCUGGACAUCAUGUGAUGGGGCGCUGACCUGUAUUUCUUCUGAGACAAGAACUAUGAGUUCAAAACCAGAGGGGCUUAGCUCAGCCUGACCAACGAGCCAGCCUCGGGGUCGGUCCCCAGCAAAUUCCUUGGGUAGGAAGGACUCCACUCCGCGCUCCUGAGAAGGUGCGUCCGGAAGGGGCGGGCUCUGCUCCUGGUCGCCGGGCGGCCGCCGCUAUGGCUUCUCGAGGGGUCGUUGGCAUUUUCUUGCUCGCUGCGCUCCCCCUUUUGUGUCUGGAGCUCCGGCGUGGGAUCCCGGACUUAGGAAUUAAAGAUCUCAUCAUGCUAUGUGGCCGAGUUUUCUUGCUGCUUGCUCUCCUUACUUUAAUUAUUUCCAUGGCUACCUCAUUAAUUAACUCAUUUAAAUCUUCCCAAGCUUAUCUGAAAGAAGAAGAAGAGAAGAAUGAGAAAAGACAAAAACUUGUGAGGAAAAAACAACAAGAGGCACAGGGUGAAAAGGCCAGCAGAUACAUAGAGAAUGUUUUAAAACCUCAUCAGGAAAUGAGAUUGAAAAAACUGGAAGAGCACUUUUAUCAAAUGACGGGUGAAACCUGGAAGUUAAGCGGCGGUCACAAACUUGGGGGUGAUGAAGAAUUAGUGCUUGAAAACACAAGUCAGACAUCUUUUGAAACAACCAACAGACAAGCUGCAAAGAGGCGGAACUUGCCUAAGCUUCUAACCGAAGCCGAAGAUUCGACAUCUGCUGAACAGCCCUCCCAGAAACAGGUUCCUGAUUUACCUGAAGAACCUUCUGAAACAACUGAAGAAGUAGUUACUGUUGCUCUCCGAUGUCUAGGUGGGAAAGUCCUAAGGAGAAGGUUUUUUAAGUCUUGGAGUUCACAGGUCUUACUUGACUGGAUGAUGAAAAUUGGGUACCAUACAUCCCUAUAUGGCCUUUCCACAUCCUUUCCUAGAAGGCCACUAGAAGUGGAGCGAGAUAGGUCACUGGCGGAUAUAGGAAUAACCGUGGAUACUGUACUUAAUGUGGAAGAGAAAGAGCAGAGCAACUAGUAAAGAAAUGAAAACUACCUGUUCUACUUAAAAUCAGUUAUGCCAUGACCUUGACAGGACAAUAAAGGAUCCACAUUAAAAUCAUGCCAUACCUUGAUUGAGCUCAAGGCAGUGAACACUAAUGUUGUUAUCCAUGGAAAAAUAAUUGACAUAAAAUUUAAAAAAGAAUUGUUCUCUUUAUAUCAUGAUUUGUAGAAUGUGCCAUCUAUAAUGUACUGAAUAAGGUAAAAAAUGUAUAUUAUAAGGGACACAAUAAUUUAUAUUUUCCUACUUCAUAUCAUUUCUCAGUAUGUUAAAAACAGAGUUACGAAACAUUGUGCUGUGAAUGGAUAAUUAUGAAUGUAAUGCAUUCCACUAUUGUCAUGUAUGUAAAGAAAUUUUUUAAAAAAUCAGUUAAAAACUUAAAAAAAAAAAAAAACAGUCAGGAAGGGCAGGAUGGGCAGGAAGAUUGCAAAUUCAAGACCAGCCUAGCAAUUUAGUGAGGUGGUAAGCAACUUAGCGAGACCCUGUCUCUAAGUAAAAAAUAAAAAGGCUAGUAAUGUGGCUUAGAGGUUAAGCACUCCUGGGGAUUCAAUCCCUGGUAACAAAAAAAAAAAAAAAAAAAAAAUACCCCAAAGUCAUAGGCCUUUAGUUUCUUUCUCUUCAAUCCAUUUUACCACACAAUUAAUAUUUCUUUCUUUCUUUUUUUGUGCUGGGGAUUGAACCCAGAGCCUUGUGCAUGUGAGGCAAGCAAUCCACCAACUGAGUUAUACUCCCAGCCACAAUGAAUAUAUUUCACAAUCCAAUCAAACCUUUCAAAACCUUAUAAGUUGGAGUGUUUACUCUGUUGUAUUUCUCAAAAUUAAAAAUGUCAAAACUUCAAAGUCCAAUUUUUCCUUGUAUUAAACUGUAACAACAGUGGCACACUCUAAUGCCAGUGCCUUAGGAACUGAGGAGAAUCACAACUGAGCUAUACCCUGCCCCCAGGGCCUAGAAUAAUCCUCCCCUCCCCCCACACUGGAGAUUGAACCCAGGGAUGCUUUAUUACUGUUACUUCUUCAGUCCCUUUUAUUUCUUAUUUUUGGUACUGGGGAUUAAACCCAGGGGCACUUAACCACUGAGCUAUGUCCCCAGCCCUUUUUAUUUUUUGUUUUGAGAAGGGUCUAAGUUGCUGAGGCUGGCCUCCAACUUGUAAUUCUUCUGCCUCUACCAUCACACCCAACUCUCAGUCCCUUUUGAGAACAGGGUCUUGCUAGGUUGCUGAGGCUGCCAUUGAAUUUGCUAUCUAUCCUGCUUUAGCCUUAUCUUCCAUGUCACUAUUGUUACUGGCAUGAACCACUGUGCCUGGCUUCAUUGACCCAAUUUUUUUUUUUUGGUACUGGGGAUUGAACUUGGGCACUCCACCACUGAGUUACAUGCCCAGCCCUAUUAUGUAUUUUAUUUAGAGUCAAGGUCCCACCAAGUUGUCCUUGCUAAGUUGUUUGAACUCCAAAUCCUCCUGCCUUAGCUUUUGGAACAGCUGGGAUUAUAGGCGUGCACCACCAUGCCAGGCCAUCACCCCAAUCUCUAACACAAAAAUCUUCAGGGCCAUUUCUUGGCAUGGUAAUGCAGACAUUCUUUUUCGGGGGAGGAGUAGUGAUAAAGUGGGGUUGAACCCUGGCAUAUUCUAUCACUGAGCUACACCCCAGACCAUUUUAUUUUUUAAAACAGGGUCUCAUUGGGCUGCAGUUGUGGCUCAGGGGUAGAGUGCUUAUCUAGCACGUGCGGGGCCCUGGGUUCAAUCCUCAACACCACAUAAAAAUAAAUAAAGGUUAUUGUAUCUACAACUAAAAAAUAAAUAUUAAAAAACAAAACAAAAAAAAAUAGGGUCUCACUAAGUUUUUCAACACUUAGGAUCCUCCUGUAUUCUGCAGUGUUGCUGGGAUUAUAUGCCCAACUCAGACAUUUUAACACAACAUUUACAGUUGCGUGCAACACUAAAAGGCUAAAAAUAGAGAUACUUAAUUGUUUCCUUGGUUACAAAAGGCAGUAUUCCUUUUUUAAAAAUUUUUAGUUGUAGAUGGACACAAUACUUCUAUUCAUUUUUAUGUGGUACUGAGGAUUGAACCCAGUGCCUCACACAGGCUAGGCAGGUGUUCUACCAAUGAGUUACAGCACCAGCCCCAGCAGUAUUUUUUUUUUUAAUUGGUUGUUCAAAACAUUACAAAGCUCAUGAUAUAUCAUCUUUCAUACAUUUGACUCAAUUGGGUUAUGAACUCCCAUUUUUACCCCAAAUACAAACUGCAGAAUCACAUCGGUUACACACUCACAUUUUUACAUAAUGGCAUAUUAGUGACUGUUGUAUUCUGCUACCUUUCCUAUCCCCUACUAUCCCCCCUCCCCUCCCCUCCCCUCCCCUCUUCCCUCUCUACCCAGCAGUAUUCUUAAUACAGGGAGAUGGAACUACUGAUGACCCAUAACCAUCUAGCAAUGAGGUGGAAAAAAAUCAUUAAUUUUUUGUAGGUGUGACAAGAGUAUGGGGAAGGAGGAGGAGGAAAGGUAAGUGGGAAGAGAAUCCUUAUCUCUAAAGGUAUAUACUAGCUAGUGGUACAUGCCUGUAAUCCCAACAACACAAGAGGCUAAGGCAGGAGGAUCAAAAGUUUGAGGCCAGGGCUGAGGUUGUGGCUCAGUGAUAAGAACACUUGCCUAGCAUGUGUGAGGUACUGAGUUCGAUUCUCAGCACCACAUAUAGAUAAAUAAAAUAAAGGUCUAUCAACAAAAAUAUUAUUAAAAAAAAAAAAAAGUUCAAGGCCAGCCUCAGCAACUUGGCGAGGCCCUAAGGAACAGACCCUGCCUCAAAAUGGACAAAAAUGGGGGUGGGAGGGAGGAUAUGUGGCUCAGUGGCUAAGCACCUCUGGGGUCAAUCCCUGGUACUAAAAAAAUAAAUAUAUAUUUUAGAAUAUGAUAGAAACUAUAGGUAAAAAAUGGCUUCAAAAUAAUCUGGAGUGAGGUGAAUAGGUAGGAGUAUAGAUAAUAUUAAAACUAAAGUAUAUGGGAUCCUUUUAUACUUUCUAUAAAAAUUUCCAUGAUUUGAAUGUUAAAAGGUUUUAAUAGGCUUUAAGAUAAAAAAGGAUCCCAUAAAUUUGUAAACUUGUUACGCGACCUAUGAGAAACUGUGACUUACUAAAGCUUUCGUUUUUUUGAAUGUCGAAAGGAAAAUAACUCAAAUCCUAUUUUAACUUAGCCUGUUUUACUAAAGUUUUUAAUAAUAUGCUUCAGUGAAGUAAAACAAAAUGUAAAAGCUACAUCUUAAGUACAUUAAAUAUGCUUCUGAGUACUUCCAAAACAGUAUACAAAGUGGUCAGGUGAGAGUGUAUUGAGGUUAAUAGUGAAAGCCCCUGGUAGUUGCUGAGACAUUAACUAUAUGAACUCAAACUCAGCUUCUCUAGAGUUGAGGCCAGAGAUUCUUAGAAAAUUUUGUCCUUUCAUCAUACAUCAUGCUUUAUUUUGUAAACUUGCUCCUUCAUUGUAAUGAUGUGGGUAGUCCUCGUCUAAGCUUAAUUCAAUAGUCAUGUUAUUAACAAAGUCAUUUUAGGUUCUGACAGUGACACUACGAUAUAGUUUGUUGUGGGGGAAAGGGAAAAUAAAAACCAUAAUAAUACCUUUUCUUGAAGGAAAUUUUUUUUAAAUGUGAAAUUCUUUAAAAGGUAGGAACUAAAUUUUAUCAGUUAAUUGCUAGUUGAAACAGAUCCUAAACACAAUUUCUAAUCAUACAGCAUUUUGGAUUUGUGCUUAGGACAUGGGAAGCUAUGAAGAAUAUUGCUCCUACUCUAAAAUCAGUGAACAGCUGGAUGAUAUACAAAGUCAUAACAUUUUUGAGCUCUGAGCUGAGGCUGCAAAGCAAUUGUGUAAACUGAAUUCCAAAGAAUUCAUGGAAAGACAGGACACAGGAACUGUGUUCCUUUUGGAAAAGAACAGGAGUAGCUACUAUACAAGCUAAGAUUUUAACUUUUAAAAAAUGCUUGUUUAUAUGUUGCGAUUAAGUUCUAUGUUGCAGGUUGGUCUUGAAUUUGUCCACUCAAGUGUUUCUCCCACCUCAGCCUCCUGAGUAGUUGGGAUUACAGGCGCAUACUAUCACAUCAAGAUUUUAGAAUUUUUAAAGGCAAGCUUGGACUACUAGAUAAGGUUGAAAAGAACUAGCUAUUUAAUUUGCAGGCCUUGGUACAAAAUGAAAAUGUGGAAACCCUUGCUCAAAUAUGAAGAGUUUCAAGAUGGCAACAGCAGAAAUUAAACUGAAUUUGAAGCUAGUCCUGACUGUGGGCCUAAGACACAAAGGGAAAUCCCACUCAGAAGGCUUUGCUCCAUCAGAUCAGGUUUCACCAAAGCUCCAGAUUCCCUAGACCCUUCUCAACCUGCUGGGGAAGGUACUACAAGCAUUAUGACCAUCAGUGCACUGGCCGACUUGCUGUUUCUGGAGAAAUAGAAUCUAAGUCCAUCUGCCUCUUUCAGUACUCAGGCAACGAUUUAUUACUGCUGAGAGAAGGGGAGAUGCAAGGAUUCUCUAUCCUGGAAAGAGGGUUAAUCACAAACAUCAAACAUAUGUCUACCAUUGCUGGAGAUGGGAUAGAAAACUCAAGUCUCAUACCAACUACAGAGCCAAAGCAAAGCUUGGCUGCCACAGGUAAGAGAAGCAAGAAUGCUGACAAAAACUUCCCUUCAGAAGUCAAAAGCACAAAGGUCCACCUAAGACUGACUGAAUUUGGACAGCAGGGAAUCUUAUCUGCUCUUACAUGCAGCCAUGCAGUGUAUGCUGCUGGGGCAACUGGGGAAGAAAUGAGAGUGUGGAGACAGACACCUCUCCAUGAUGCAGGUGUGCAGGGGAAGCUAGAAGCUGAAGGGGGAGCAGUAGCACCAGAGAACAAACUAGGACUCCAAUACCUGCCCUCAGCACAAGGGAACCAUUUGAGGCUAUGGGCUCUGAUUCUACAAUGACAACUUUAUACCUGGUGAAAAUGUUUCACAAAUGAACAUGAAAUAAAUAUUUUAAAGACAUAAAACUGAAGGAAUCAAUUGCCAGCAGAUUAUACUAUUAAGAAACAUUUAAGUCCUAUAGCAAAAGACAACAACCAGGUGAAAGUAGAUAUCUACAUUAAGGAAUGAAAAGCAUUGGAAAAAGUACAUAUUUUACAUGAGCAAAUGUAUGAAUUUUUUUUUUAAUUUUUAAUCUCCUCAAAAGAUAAUUUUUAGGGUUGGAGGGUUUAUUUCAGGGUUAGAGGGUUUAUUUAGUGGCAUGCAUGAGGCCCAGUAUUCAAAUUCAAUCCCUACACCACAAAAAAAGGAAGAAAAAAUACUGUUUUUAAUAUAUAUAUAUAUAUAUAUAUUUUUUUUUUUUUUUUUUGGUGGUGCUGGGGAUUGAGCCCAGGGCCUUGUGCAUGUGAGGCAAGCACUGUACCAACUGUGCUAUAUCCCCAACCCCAAAUAUGGGGUUUAAUAUAUGUAAAUUCAAAAUGUAUGACAACAGUGGCACUAAGGUAUACUAUUAGAAGGUAUUGCGGACUGGUGUGAUACCACUUAAAGGUAGACUAUAUUGUUAAAAAAAUAUGCUACAGAGCUGGGGCUGUAGCUCAGUGGUGCAGUGCUUGCCUGACAUGUGAGGCACUGGUUCGAUCAGCACCACAUAGAAAUAAAGAUACUGUAUUCAUCUACAACUAAAUAAAUAUUUUUUAAAACAAAAUA